AUGCAUCAUCAAUCUCUUGCAAUUGUCUUUGCCGCCACUGGCUACAUGCUUGGCGCCUCUGCUUUUCCUACCGACAGACCUUUGGUCAAGAUGGAGGUCGCCAACACGUCUGUCACCGUCGCAGAUGAAGUCGACAACCUGAACUCCAUCGACAAGCGGGAUCGAUAUCUGCUUCAAAGGCUACAAUCCGCCUCCCCCCCAUGGACUACUGACAACCUCGGUCAAUUCCAUGGCCGCGUUCGCCUCCGAUUCAAUCCGCUUUUCCACAUCCUUGGCGAAGAAUUCCGAUGGAACUUUAGCUGGAGACGUGGAGGCACUGAGGGCUGUGUUCGUGACGGCACUAUGAGUGUCCGAGAGCAGAGCGUUGAUUUCAGCUUCGUUAUCGAUUCCACCAUGGAGUACUUCUUCACUAUCGCGAGAGUCUAG